AUGAAUGAAGAAACCCAAGUUUGGACUGACGAUCAAUCGUCCAAUGAUUCGUCCGACUCCGAUUCGUCUCGUGCCAACGAAUGGAUUCAACAUAUUGUGAACAACUCGCUAUUUUUUGUCAAAUUCGAUCUAGUUUGCAACUCCAAGUCCAUGUUAUUCGACGACGAUUUGUUUUUCCGCAACGAAUACCGCCGAUUGUCCAUACGGAAAAAGGAAAGCAUUUUAUCACGGUUCGGGCAGCGGGACAAGAGCAAACAUAAACUAUUUCGCGUAAGCGUAAUCGAUGCGUCGAAAAAAGAUCUGAUCAACGGAGUCCAGAAAGAUGUCAUAAUUAGCAUCGCACCAAAAAAAAACAUACUUUUAAAAGAAGUUGUACCCUUAACCGAGACUAUUCUAGGAUUAACAACAAGCCUCUUUCCUGACGGACGCAAGCUAAUGGUGGAUAAAAUCAAAGAAUACUCGGUUUUCACGAAGGGUAAACUGGUUAAAUCUAAAGACUGGAUAAAAGCUAUUGAUACAGAAUCGGUGACUGUCGAAAAUUUCGAAUCGUUAUUAAUCGGAUCAACCAAAAUUCCGAGUAUCGUUAAAAUAACGUUUGUCGAAAUGAUCGAACCAGAUAUGAGCAACUCUAUCGAGAUCAAGAUAACCAACUUUAUGGAUCUGAUACAAAGUCAGGAAACGUUGUUCGAUAAGGAAGAUAUUCAAACGAUGAGUAAUAACGAUCUUAUAUUCAGCAUGAUCUACAUUUCUAAAGAAUACACCCAAAAUGAUGAACUCGACGUGAAAUUUUGCUAUCCUACUCGCGAGAACAAUUGUCUUUUCAAUUCUAGAGGCAGCUUCGUAACACUGCAUUCAAUAUUCAACCAUUCUUUCGAGCAACAAUCGGUUAUGACAUGUUUGAAAAUUAGAAACGUGGUAUACUAUACAACUUACACGAUGGUUGACGACGGCAUUUUGUUGUUAGGUUUCAACUCCAAAUACUCGUCCGUGUUUGCGGUGAAAAAGAAAAGUGAGCAGAUCUGUCGCUGCCUCAAUGCACUCUACUACGGCAAAGCUUUCAACAAACCUGCUGAUCAGCAAACGGAGUUGAUGCAGCUGUGCGAAAUGAUACGCCAUUCGAUCAAAGCCAACAGGCAUUGCGAUAGGUUUGAAAAAACCUUUCCGCAAGCACACCUGGUACCUUUGCCGAAGGAAAUUCAACUACGCAUCGACGACGCUCUGGGAGAAAUAGAGGCAAUGGACUAUCGCAACUGGAAUGAUGAUUUUGUGGAUCUCUUUUGCAUGAUGACUGUGGUAGGCUGUGCACUUUACUACAAGCAACAACUAGUUUGUACACAUCUUAGCGGGCAAUACGUGAUGGAUGUGGAAGCAGUAUUGAAAAAUUUUGGAAUAUUUGAGAUAUUUAACACUACCGAUGUCAAAAACUUGGCCAUUUGGAGAAAGUUCUAUCCAAAGCAAUACUGCGAAGAAGGCUUUCACGAGAAAAACGAUGCAUACCUAAUGCUUGCGUCGAUCGGUAGCCUUUUGAUGGUGGUGAUUUUGGAGGUUCCAAUCGAUACAGCCCACAACAAAUCAUUUUCGCGAUACAUCGAUGAAAUACAAGAUAUGCUGAGAUACUUCAAAUCUACGGGAAUUGAGCAUCUUAUUCGCAUAUGGGUCGAGUCUAACAGACGUCCACAGUGCGUUUCGAGUAAUGUUACAAACAUGGAGCCGCACCAGAACCUUUCUCCAGGAUUGAAUGAUGAACGAUCACAAAUGGCAAAAGGACACGAUGAAGAAUCGAACGCAUCCAGCUCCAUUAAAACUCCGCCUGCUCGCGAAGAAAAUUAUACAGAUCACGAUGACGAUGACGACUCCGAUUGGGGCCAAAGCGUGGACAGCAGUCAACGGAGCAGCAGUUUCGAUAUAACUGAUUUGUCGUCUGAAAGUCGGUGCAAAGAAUUUUCCGAACUCGUACCAACAUUGAUCACUUGUGGUAUUGAGAAUCUACUUUAUUACUACGUGCAACUAGAAGCGGGGGCAGGUUGCUUCUUAGCACCGACAUUCAACGGAACAACCACACCAAAAACGGACAUAGUGAUGAACCUGUUUCGGAAAACCUGUACCCUCAUUCACACGACGUUCGAGAAUUCAAGAAAAUUUCGAACACUCCUCAUCAACGAGUCUAGCAAACUAAACACUCAGCGCUCUCUUCUGCCGAUCAAGGAACAAGGAAUUCGCUUAUCUCUAACAAAAGAUCACAUAUCCGGAGAGCGAUUAGACGUUUGGGUCAUCGGAAGGCUAUUUCACAGUCCAGCAAAGGAGCUGUACGUUUGUUUACGCGCAGAUGCACCUCAAAAUAUGGUGGAGCUUGCAUUUCGUAUUUGUUUAACCUGCGCGGGGUGAAAUACUGAAAGCGAGAUAUUUAGAGUCUUUGAGGACUAUUUGAAGAUAAUUCA